GGGAAAAAAGGGAGGAAGUAUAACGGGGGUGUAGAGAAGAGGAGGGAGGUGGGGGUGAGAGGAGAGAUGAGGAAGUUGGUUGAGGAGGCGAGGGAGGGGGGAGGUUUUUUUUUUUUUUUUUGGGGGGGGGGGGGGUGUACGUAGAGAGAAAGAGGAAAAAAAAGGGAGGAAAGAGCAUCCAGCAGAGCAGGGAGCUUCCUCUGUGCUGUCAAAGCCUCUGGAUCAUGUCCCCAUUGGUCUUUUUCUCUUUCACACACACAUGUUCCCUCACCCAAUUGCUCUCUUCUCCCCUCAAACCAACCCUCCCCUCUCCUCCCCCCUCUUCCUCCCCUCCCUCCCUCUCAUGAAAAGAGUGUCUUGGCAGGGUAAUUAAGAAUGGCCUCUAAACACAGGAGUAUGGCAGGAACGCUCCAGAUGAAAGUAAAUGAUUAAAAUAAUUACAGGCUGAGAGCUGACGAGCCGGAGUGUGGGGUGGCCGCCGGACAUUUGUCGGUAAUUAGAUAAUUAAUCUGAAUGCAAAUGAUGAGCCCUAACGAAGCAGUCAAGCUGAACCAGCGACAACUGCCGUGAGUGAAAUGCGGGAGGGUGAGGAGGGAUGAGGGGGGAGGAAAAAGAAGAGAGGAUAGAGGGGAGGAAAGAAAAACACAUGAAUAUUAGUGUAAAAUAUCCAGCCUAACCCAAAAAAUCAGCAUGAACCGACUCAAAAAAGCACAAAGCGAGCAGAAGAAGCAAACGCAGCUCGGAAACACAUCCCUCCUACUUCAUAUACUGUCUGUAAGUAUCAGUCAGAGUGACGAGCAGACGUAAAUACCUUGUUAGAAUAUAAAACAGGCUUUCAUCAAGUUUUAACAAGGUGUUUUUGUCUGUCACUUUGACUGAAAGUUGUAGACAGAGUGAGCUAGAGUGCUGCUGUUGCUUGUUCUUGGUUUUUAUAAAGUCAUAAUGUUGUUUUUUUACUGCAGUGAAGGAUGAACGAUUAAUGAGAAAUCUUCUAGGUCCUAAUUCCAAAUAGAAAUAUUUGAUAUUUGUUGCUUGUAGAAUAUGCAAAGUCUGACAUCUGACCUGAUUUCCUUUCAGAUCUUCAUUUAAAGCCGUUUUAUUAUUCGCUCACCAACCUUGAAAGCUGAAACAAUGAUUGUCAGAUACCCCACCUUUCUGUGUCAUACAGCCUCAUAUACAGUAGCCUUAAACGGCAUUAUAAUAGCAUCAGUCUAGAAAAAAAAAGUGACAGCCGCUUUAAAGGCAUCCUAGUAAUCCAGUCUGUCUGUAACUUUCACCCAAAGUGACAACCAGACAAGAAUACCUUGUUAAAAAUAUACAAAAGGCACGCUGUCAUGUGUUGCUGCUGCUAAAAAAAAAGUCUCCUAUCCCAGGGAGCUGAAAUGCCAAAUGAAGGGUAUGAACAUGAAAUGGCACCUGAGGAGGAAAACAGCGCGCUCUGCGCAUCCUAAAAUGCGUGAGCAAACUGUGGAUUUAUUCGCUCGCUGCUACACACUCAAACACACACACACACUCACACUCAUUAUCUCUCCUCUUUUCCUCCUCCUCACAUACACACAAAUACUAUCAGUAUGCGUACGUGCUCUCAGCAGAUGUAAAUAACAGACUUCAGAGAUGAAGAAGACAAGGUUGGCAUAACAGGUGAAGGUACUCAUCAGCAUGUUGAGCAUCAGGUCUUUAACUUGAUAAUAAAGAUCUGAAGGGUUUAUUUAUUAUCAUGAUUCCACCUUAUAUUACUUUGCUUAGAUUAUUAUAAAUGAAGUGCAGACUUUUCCUCCAGGUUUAGAGACAGAGCAGUGAGGUAGACGGCCUCUUUACGCCUCAGGAGGUUCAUAAUUUGUUAAUUUUUUUUAGCUUCAUAAUAAGGAUGUAUGGAUGUUUGUAUUGAUAACUAUUAAUACACACUAUUCUUAUAAAAAGGUAUUGGCUUAUCAGUGCUGAUGGCUUGAAUUGGACUGUAUUUCACAAUCGAUGCUGGGCUGAGAUCUCAUGUCUGCGGGCAUGUUUCAAAUAAAUUGAAUAUAAUGCUAAAGAUAUUUUUUAUAAUAUUUGUGUUUUCAUACACUCUCACAUAUGCUGUCAUUUACAUCUAUUGUCAUCCGAAGCCUAUUUGAUCAUUAACAGUUUAUCUCUGAGCAGGCACAAGGAUUAAUCACAUCCCUCUUCUUGUUAGUACAAAUUAUGCAACAUAUCCACUUACACCUUUGAGAGGCUCUGGAGGAAAACAUUUUACCUGUCCAGCUAUCUCAUUAAAGCAAAUACAUAUCGCCCACUCAGUAAUUCAGCGAGUGUGCCUCAGCUUUAUCACUAGAGACCAAUGCUGUUUACAGGAGUGUGUUGUUAGCCAUCAUGUUUUGCUGUGACCCUAUUAAGCCCCCCGCAUGUUGUUGUUAUCAGCAACACGUUUCAUUACACCCCCAAAUCUCAGCUGCACGCACCAAACACUCAGAUUCACUCUGCAGGUUACUAUCAGCUGUUAGGAGAGCGGAUUUGAAAUAGCAGUGUUUGCUUACCUGACCUAAUGUCACAGUGUAAACUUUAUCAGAGCUAAUUAAAAGUAUGUUUUGAUGAGGCUGACCUUUGACCUGGUUGGUAAUGUUGGUGAACCCUAGCUGAGUUUUAAACGCCAUGGAAACUUCAAAACAAAUCUUUAUUUUUAUGGUACACUCAACUAUUUCUGUUACGUAUGAACAAAAUUUUGUGGGUGAAACUCUGAGGUGUGCUGGCAAUCACAGUUCUGGUAAAACUGAACAUUUACAAAUCCACCAUUGAUAUUUGAUUAUGUUUAAUAGAAAGAGUGCAGUUAGCAUAGUAUUUCAUUGAAAAUAUGGGUUGUCAAAAUCCUAAAGGAUUAAUGCAAAAACCUUCUUGAGCCGCAUCCUGGUUACAGACCUCUGAACUCCUGAUGUGGCUUUCAUUCAAAACAGUAUCGCAAACAAUGGGGAAAAAAACAAUCUUCAGUCAACUUAGAUAACUGACUACAGGCAAAGUUAAAAAGAUGUUUACUAUAGCUAGGACUGUAUAUGUACUGUUGAUGAAGUUAGGUGCUGCUCUGAGCAUUAUUUGAGGCUAUAGAGUGGCUUUUUGGUUGAGCGCAUGGCUCUCUGUGUUGCUGUCUGCGGUCGUUACUUAGGUUGGUAUAACUAGAGAAGCAAGUGGUCUGCAACAUUCAUCUCUCAACGGGGUGUCUAUCUCAGUGUUAUGGUGUGUUUGACCCUAACUUAAUUUUACACCAGAAUAUUCCUUUAUCUAAUCAGGUACAAAGCAACCAGCUUGGUCAUGAAUAAAUGAGUCUGAACAGUCAAAACAACAACAAAAAAGGCGUGUAUGAAUCAUGAAUCAUGAAUCACUGUAUUCCAUCAGCUUUGAAAAUAAACAUAAAGCACAUCUGAUCACAAGUAUUUAUCUCUGUAUAAAUGCUCCCUUAAUAAUCAUAUCCAAGAUGAAGCUUCACAUGUCUAACUACAACAAUGAAUUAUAAAAACACUCAUGUGAUCAUACUUUGCCACUAUACCACCAGAUAGUGACUGGAACUGCCACAAUAAGAGCACAACAAAAGCGACAACAGGUGAGGAACUCCCAGGAAUCAAAAUGAACAUUAUGUGGAACAGUAAAUUUACAAAAAAACUUGAUUUUUGGAGUAUGAAACCAGCAGGUGAGUGCAGACCUUACAGAGUCAGUGUGUUUUUAGCAUGUCAGUGGGAAAAAAACACAACAUGCCUUAGAGUCAGUCAGUAUUACAGUCUCAGGAUUCACUCCACGACCAGCUCAAAGACCUCUGCCUCCUCAAACUCUGCGUUCAUCUUUGCAGCCAGUGCGUCCAGCUCCACGGUGUCUAUCUGCUGGACCUUCUUCCUCCUCCUCUUCUCCUUCACCACAGCCACCCCGGGGAUGUUCGGGUCCACCUCGGGUACACAGUCAUCCGCUUCAAGCAUGGAUGUAAAAGAGUUCAGUCCAGAUAAAGACCCAGAAACCUCCAGCCUUGGCUUGGAUCGCCGUGUCCUCUGGACCACUUCGGGGGUGUUGAGCUUCUCAAAGCCGAAUAGGGUCUCUCUGGAGUCGGGGCUGUUCAAUGACUUGUCGCUGAGCCUGCUGUAGGAACGGCGAACUUUCUGCGACCACACCAGGUCUUCUUUAUCCACAGGAGGAGGAUGAGAGGCAGGCGGGGGAGAUGAGGGGAGGAUCGGGGAUGGCAUAGCGGCCUUCUUCUUCUCCUUCUUCUUACCCGAGGAAGAAGGCACACGAGCGGGGACAACAUCAGGGGUUGAGACCUUCUGCUUCUUCUGGAUGACUUCUGAGCGCCUCGGUGUGUUCUCCUUGUUGCUCUCUGACGGUGCAACGGUUUUUCUAGCCACUAUUUUCCUCACGGUGAUGGAGCGUUUGACCAGCGCCAUUUUGUUGUCACUGUUAACGGCUACCUGAGGAGAGGCGCUCAACCGCUGCGAACGUCUCUUCUGGGGACCGUUAACGUCCGCCAUUAUGAUGUUAGUCUCCUUUUCGUUCAUAAUUACCUCCCUCCGAGCGAUUUACACGACUUUCUUCGAUUUCUCUCAAGUUGUGGAGGUAGUAUCCAAGCACAAGCGCCACAACAAACAGUAGCAGUCCGCUCAAAUUGCCCGCCCAAGAACGACAGUGUUUUUCCGGUGACGACAACAGCCUGCGACGCCCUCUCAAACUUUUGCUGUGUAAUCUGCGCACAGGAGACCACAGAGACGACUGUCAUUUCACCAGAGUUAUUUAAAAUCCUCCAACUUCACAGCUAUCAUACAGAAUGGAGUAUUUAAUCGGGAUUCAGGGACCCGAUUUCGUCCUCGUCGCCGCUGAUAAUGUGGCAGCUAGCAGCAUCAUUCAGAUGAAACACGGUAUGACAAUGCGUUAGCUUAGCUGUUAGCCGUUCAGGCUACACUUGCUAACAGGCAUGUUUUCAUCGUUUAUCAUUUUAACACCGGUGUUUACUAUAAUUAGAAACCAUAAUUAAGCUUCUCCUUUCAUACGCUUUAUUAAAAUGUAUGGCUGACUUCUCCUGUUGUAGUAUAACUUAAAAUGUAGCUUUAAGCCGGUGAAGCUAAAUGUAGCUAUGGCUGCUUCAUUGAGCUGCAAGUGUUUAAAUGUCUUUAUUCUGCUCAUGCUGUAAGGAUAUCAACUUUACGACUCUAUCGGACAUUUUAAUCCAGUUUAAGACUUAAUUGAACUUUUCAAAGUCAGUUAAAUUUGCUAAAGAGGUGUCUCGUCUAUGAAAGUGAAAGUAAAUGUCGCUCACCCUGUUAGUCAGCAGAAGCCAUUUUUUAAUCAUUCAUCAACACCUGUUUUUUUCUUUUUCAGACUAUGACAAGAUGUUCAAACUGAGUGAGAAGAUCCUGUUGCUGUGUGUUGGAGAGGCAGGAGACACAGUCCAGUUUGCAGAAUACAUCCAGAAAAAUGUCCAGCUCUACAAAAUGAGGAACGGUAAGGACCCAGGAGAUAAUCACUGUCCACUUAAGUCUCCUUUCCUUCUCAGAGACCUGGAGUCAAAACUUUUUGUUUGCAACAUGAUGACAAUAAUCAGCUCUUUUUUGCCACUGAUCCCGGCCCUAUUAUUAUUAUACCGGGUACCUUCUGAUACCAUGUCCAAAAAUGCCACUUAAUCAGCCUCCCCUCAGGUUCAUACAAGUGUGCAUCCAGUGCGGCAUGCUUUAACUUGAAUAUGGAAGAAUCAACCUGAGAAGUAGGGGUCUGCACUGAUAUGGGGCAAACACCAGAGCUCUAGAUGCUUUCAGGAAACUAAAAGCAGUCAUUUUUUAUGCUGCCAAGAACCUUCUGGUAAUCCACAAUUACAGUAAUCCAAUUACAGUUCUGGUAAUUCUGUGUCUUGAGUUUCAAGGCAGUAGGGCAUAAUGUGAAUCUAACCCCCAAUUUCCAUCGCAACGGCUAUGGAAAGACCAUAUUCGCUGAUUGUAACCAUUCAAGUUGUGUCAAUGUGUCAAUUUCCACUGGUCUCUUUCCAUUCUGCUGUGGAUCGCUGGACUCCGCAGCUGAUCACAAGAGUUCUAUUUUUUACAGAUUAACCUGUGCUGGAAAGGAAGUCAGGCAUGAACACAAAAUAAAACAUCAGGCUUCUUUUCAAAAUAAAACACUUCGUAUUUCAAGUGGAUCAUAUUUCACACCAUGCAAACGGACGGGGAAAACAAAUGAAAGGUUUUAAGACAGCAUUUCACCCCAAUGACACCAUGGAUAAGGAGAUGUUGAUUCUAGAAGUCUAGAAGUAGAUUUCCUCCUCUGGAAGGACACAAUCUACUGCUUAUAUGGUUAUAUGGCUAUAGAGACAACUCAUUAUCGCGUGAUUGCACGUGAAUCCGCGGGUUCUUGUGAGUUGACGUGAUUCUUGCCACAAAGUUCACCUCACAAAUGGAUCCAGUGGGAAUUGUCGGACGGCGAAAAAUCGCAGCCAUUCCAGAUCGGAGCUGUUCUGGAUGCGGUGGAAAUUCGGGGUUAUCUUCUGUUGCUUCAGUGAAUUUAUCAUAUUUGUAGCCUGCUUAAUUUUCAGAAGUCCUGUCAAAUUAAUGGUAUUGAAUGCAGCACUAUUUGUACCCCCUCACUGAAGGAUUGGGAGUGGCUGUUUGACUUUUUUGCCGUCUAGUUUAAAAGAUUUACACAUUCAUGACAUUUGAAUCACUGGUUUGCUAAUUCUAAGUGACUCAUGCAUUUGUGUUCUGCUGCCAAUCGAACUCACUUUACAACAGCUGACACAAAUGAAUGAAAUGAAGUUUGUGUCAUUUGUAUUUCUCUUAUCAGGGUAUGAACUCAGUCCGUCAGCAGCAGCAAACUUCACAAGAAAGAACCUCGCAGACUACCUUCGGAGCAGGGUAACUAUAAAAAGACGCACACAAAAUACAUAUUCUCUUUUACAACACAAUCUCAGAAAGAAUCUAUCUUUUUUUAACUAUCUACAUUAAGUAGCCACAGAAGCCCCCGCUCUCUUUGGUGUGAGACAAACAUCCUGGGGUGUUCCUGUCAUAAUAGUGGCAAAGCUCUUUGUGGACACUGUGAAGACCAUUAAUAGUUUAUGCCAGCAAUAAAAACGUAUUAAGUUGGGAUACAACAGCUCAAACUGAGGAGAAAAAAUCCUAUCACAAACCAAUAAAAGCACACUUAAAACUUUAGAUCCUCUAACAUCCAGCCUGCAGUAAGUUAUUCAUGUUUACAUAAACCUUCAAAUUUUUCACAAGCUGUUUGUAAUGUGAAUACACGACAUUGAUCUGAUCUACUUAAACUUAAAACAUUAAAAAAAGUGUCCUUAUAAAGAUGGAACAAUCAAGCCCAUACAGAUGAAGCAUUAAAAACGCUGGAAGCUUGUUCUGAAUUUUAUGCAUUUAUUUUAAUUUGCUGAACUUGACACAUCCAUAGAAAAAUACUCUCUUUCUUUAAGCCUCGUUGUUAGAAAUCAUGUGUGCCUGUCGGCGCUGAUCUUUAAUGCGUGUGUCUUUUACUUUCAGCUUGUUACGCAACAUAAGAGCGGUGAUAGCCGUUACUUUGAGAGAACCGUUUUUGAAGCCCAGGGUUUAAGUUGUUAGUUUUAAGAGAAAAGUCAGAUGAGAGAUGUGCCAAUAAUCAAAAAAACAUCGAAAAAUAACAGUUUGAGUUGAUUCCCGGUUGUAACCUCAUAGGUGCUACACAAAACUGAAGAAUACAGAACCUUUUUGAGGGCCAAUCAACAAGUUUCACCAGUACCAAGAUCUCCACCUCAGACUUUUUCUCUCUCUACUCUGUGAAAUUGCAACUUUAACUUCGCUUGUGAAAGAAACCAGUCCACGUUUCUUGUUUUCAUUAUUCAAUCACUGUUAUUUUGAGCAUAUUUUCCUCACAAGAAAACAUUUUAUUUGCUUUUUUAGGUCAUUAACAACAUCAAUAUUUUUUUAGUCUGUUUCAUUACCUGAUGAAACUUCAUACAGAGGCUUAAAAGUUUUCCAAGCUAAGCUGAAUCCAACUAAAGGCAACGAGUGGUGUGUUUAUUAACUUCAUACUUAACAAUUUCAGCAGCGUCAGACACUGAGAAAAUGUUAAAUUUGGCCUUGAAAGUCAAGACCGCACGCUGCUCAUCACAGAAAACAAGCUGGGACCCUCUAGCCCGCACAUAUGUAAAUGUAUCACCCCUGAGAUGUUUCAUCUGCUGAAUUUGAGUGUUCAUCAAGUCUUCUCCGAGUCUGACCUGCUCCAGCUUUACGCUUGGAGUGCAUGUCUUAUUUUUACCUGCACAUCCACCUUUCAGUCGCAGUUAUCUUGGUGAAUUUUCUCAGUAGCUAAUUAAUCCUCUGUACCAGUGGUCAUCCUCUGAAUUAAGCAAAUCCAUCAUGGAGUGAUGAGCGCACAUACUUAUAAAAAUUUUAAUUUCUAUUUUAACUUAAUUACAUUCCUCUGUUGGCACUCGCAAUCUCAUUUUGCUCUAGGGAACCAAUGAUAGAAUCACAAAUUAAUUCCCAUAAGUUAAAGUAAUACUGGCUUCAAAUUGAGGGGUUGGUAUUCUUAUGUGAGAGGUUUACUCCACCGUGUCAAAAAUGGGUUUUAAUUCCUGAGAGGAAUUAUUUAUUUCAAGCUAAAGCUGUCAGCUGAAUCACUCCACCACAACAGAGACCACACUGGUCCUGAUGACGUAUUAGAGACGUGGUGUUUGUCUGAAGUUCAGGUGGGAUUUAACCCUCACCUGUGAUUGUUCUCAUGUUUGUGUCUCUUAUCAGCUUGAGACGUCAAAGCCGAACCAGUCGAUGCAUUUUGACAGAGUCAGGUACAUUUGUCAGCUUGUUUUGAGCAGCGAUGAAGAGGUUUCUCCAGAGACUUCAUGGCAACACCUGAGCCUGCAGCUGCCCCCCUUUUUCCCUCCACACACACCACCCUGAAUGCUCACGAUUACGAGACAGAUUUUUGACCUUCGAUUCCAAAUCUCGAACAAGCAGAAGUGUUUUCAAAACCUCUGAACCAAACAAGACAGCGUAAGCAGCUCAUUUAUAUCUGUGUGUGUUUGUAUAUUUAUGCAGAACACGUCUAAGAAACUGCACUGCUUUUUAAAAUUAUUAUGUGUGUCCUGAAGGCCUUGAACAGACCUCAGAUAGCUCCAGAAGCAAAACACACUUUAGACCUGGCAGUGCAGUCUAAAGUUCACAAGCAAAACUAGAAUCAAGCGCAUUUAAACUCCAAACAUAGACAGAUAGGAAGAAAACAUGAAGGUGUUAAAUAGUUUUUUAAGAUCAUUUACAUUGAUGUUGUUGAGUGUGAGUUAAUGCUGAUUAUUCUCCAGAUAGAGCGAUAGAUAGACGAAUAUAAACAUCAACACCACGCUGAAAGAAGAGGAGGAAAAGGUUAAAACUAAAAUCAAAUUAAAGAGCAGGGUUUUGCAGACAGUCUCAGGGUGAAAUUAGUCAGCCUCUAAAGGUUCUGCAGCAACAUAGUGACAGAUACAUGGAAAUAAAUGAGGAGAUAACACUCAGAAGAUAGGUCAUGUGUACUGUCACAAACACUGUCAGUCAGAGAUCGUAAGUAUCAUCAUUCUGUGAUGUAGUUUUAUUACAGUAUUGAUAUCUGUAGUGUAUAACAAAGUUGUAAAACUAAAUAUAUUUAUUAAGACUAAAAUAGAAUUUACAAGCAAUAACAUACUGUUGGAGUAAAAAUGGUUUACAAAUUUACCCAGAGUUUAAAGCGACAAGUGUCUGCAUCCUUUGUUUAGCCAACAACCGCCAAGAACUUUUCAUUUACAUUCAAAAAUGACGACAAAAAACACAAAUCCGUUAACUCUGUUCGGUGUUUGACAUUUGCUUGAAAAAUCACAGGAACAAUCCAGUGAUUUUCCAAAGUAUCAUCUACACCAGUGGUCUGGUCGCAACUGGUCUCACUCUGGGGCCCACAUUUUCCCAUGGUCCUUAAGUCGCGACCCACUUUUAUAGAAUUCAAACCAAGCAAAUUGAUUUUUUAUUUUAAAAAAAAAAACAGAAAACUUUUAAAGACUCAAAUCUUUAACACAAAUACACAAAUAUUGAGUAAAGUGCAUUUCAGAGCAAAUGAACUGAGGUCGACAGCUACUGAAGUUGCAUAUACAAAAAAUAUUUGCAUGAAAUAAACUUUUUAUUCAAAAUAAAAGACAUGACAUGUCAAACAUCAGAUUGAAUAUUUACUUUUUUGACCAGCUGUUCGUGACCCAUCUAGAACAUAUCCGCAACCCACUUUUGGGUCGGGACCCACCAGUUGAGAACCACUGAUCUACACAACCGUUAAAGUUUUAGACAAAAGUUUAAGUGACGUGGCCAAUCUAAGAGACGUGUUCGUUAUUAAAUCUAUCAGUCAAUCAGGCUUAAUUAGAGCUGUACAGUUCGAAGUGAACAACAAAAAAUCAACUAUAAUCAUUAUUGAUUUAAAACUGACGUUAAAAAGAUGUUGUUAUGGUGAUUAAAUGAGAAUAUGAAAGAAUUGAGCUUCAAUAUUCCUCAAAGAAGUUCCAGCAGGAGUUUCACACACAGACACACACACACACACACAUGCGCUCUCUUAUUUUCUCUCUGCUCGACUCACCUCUUCUGCUCGUGUCUCUCACACUAAUUUGUUAAGAAUAGUGCAGCCGCUGCCUGUCACAAUAGCAGAGUGGUGAAAAUAAUUACAAAAAACAAUUAGUGUGGCAGAGGAGGGAAUGUGGGACACAUCGAACAGGGAUAGAGGAGGGGGGAGGGAGGAGAGGGGUCCCGGGGGGGAGGAGGCAAGCAGGCCCAGUAGACAAACCGGAGUGUGAGAACGAGUAGGAGUCAACAUACACACACAAACACAAUCAGCAGCCUGCGCUCAGAGGGACCUAUAGGAUCACGAUCGUUUUUAUUCUGUCAAGGUUGUACGAGUUGUGGAGGAUAACAUUUAUAUUCAUGUCUUGCCAUAAGCUGCGAGUGUAUCGUUAUUUUUCGUGCCUCACGGUGAUGAAUUUGGUUUUAUGAGUGCAGGAUUUACGAACGCUGCGUCCUCAGGAGUGCUCAGAAAACUGAAGCAAUAGCACUUUCUCCUUUGCAGCCCACACCUUCCUGCAGCUAUGCUCCUCUCACAUUCAUCAACCUCCAGAGAACAUGGACAUUUGCAAAUUAUGUUGUAUAAACAGGUUUUUUUAUGCUGUUUUUUUUUUUUUUUUUUUACCCCCAGAACAUCUUGAGUAUGUAGAAUAUGUAAUGUGUGCUGUCCACUUGAAUACGAAACUGAGAGAAAUCAUCUGCUAAAGCCUCGUAUUGUUUAUUAUCAACUUAAGUUCAACUUCUUGACAUCAAGAUGGUCGCGGAGAAAACAAUAAUGAUAUAUAUCAAGAAAUUUAUAUUCCUCGAUAUCCAUAUGAAACAUGAUCAAUAUGCUUUUUGAUAGCCAACAUUCUGCCAUGUUUUGGUAGACUAUGCCGACCAUUUAGUGCGCUUUCUCUAGCGCAACGCCUUACGACAAAACGUCAAGGAGACACAAAGACCUCACAGAUGCAGUAGCUUAUUACAAUGCAAAAGACACUACCAAUAUGCACUGUUUAAUUUCAGGGAACAUUUAAGAUUGACAAGUGAUUUUUUAUAUCGUGAUAUAUGUCGAUAUCGACUGAUAUGAGAAAAAUGUAUCGUGAUAAACUUUUUUCCCAUAUCGCCCAGCCCUAGCAGGGAUAUUCUGAUGAUACUAAUUUAUUAGUCUUUGUAUUAAAGAUAUAAAUUCCCACCAAAUGACAAGACUAAAGGCAAGAAAGCACUCAAAUUACUGUUAAAAUUGAUCAUGGUUUAUUCAAUCAAACUAUCAAAUUGAUGGACUGAGUCGAGCUAACGCAGAGCUAGCUUACCUAUGCCUGUUUACAUCCAGGUAGUCAAGCAUUAGAGCGAUAUGGCGGUUAGCUUUGAGCACUACAUCUAGGAUACAACAUUUGACUGUCAUCUCAGGCCUACUAUAUAAUAAGAAUAAUAAGGGUUAUUUAACUGACUUCUUCAGGUACAGAAUAGUGAUGCUGCAGAGAUGAAACAGGGUGAGAGCUGCACUGAGUAAUGAGGCGCCCUUCAAGGAUGAGGGAGUCAAAUUGGAGAAUAAAUGAAUAAGUCUCCGGGUUAUUUGCAAACAUAGUUUAAAUUUGCAGUCUUAUUUGGAGAUCUUAAGGCCAUAAAAAUCAUUUUUUUAAUGAAACUAAAUACAGAGCUUUUAUUCUGCUACAGAGUGUCUGAUUUUCAGUUUAGACACAGGAAACUGUUUGCAAAGAGCUUGGACACUCAUUCAUGUCACAAAAGUCACUAUUCUUAAUUUUUACAUCUUAGUAUCUUUACUAAAUGAAACUAUCAAACCUGAUAGGAAUGAGCCUGAUCAGCAGAACAAAACUUACAUCCUGACCCUGAACUUGAUGAAAUGCUAAUGCAGAUCUGUUUUCUAGUCUUUUAUCAUCACUUGUGUUUUGAUCUGACGUCACAUACCAUCGAAAUAAUCAUUAUUUAAAGCUCCUGUAAAGAACUUUUUGGGUGGUAUUGUUUCAACUCAAGGAAACAAACACCGGUAUCUUCAUUCUGUCUGCAUCUACACAACUUUGAAAAGAAAACGAUGCUGCGUCUUCAGCUUAAAUAAACUUUGACACUCUGCGCUGGUCUCUGAACCAGAGAUCAGGCUUAUUUAUCGACUAAAACUAACGUAUCUAAAAAAAAUGAAAAAACAAACCUCCUGUAGACCCAGAGACCACGCUCUGCUCUUGUGGCUGCAUAUGUUUGAGUUUAUUUUAAUUAAUCUGAUUAAAUCAGAGCAGAUUAAAGUUGAGCCCAGACAGAGAGGAACGAUAAUGAUCUGCUUUUUGUACACUAUCUCUUUUUUUCCUUGUUUCCUACCAUCCUUAAAUCCUUGUCUGUAACCCCUCCUCCCCUACCCUCCAAAAAUCAUCACAUGAUCCCACUGGCAUGUUCAGACCCCCUAGGUUAAAAAACCACUGGCUGAUAAAUUAAUCAGUGGUAUAUUGUUAAUUCUGAUGGCCUUGUUCCUGCAGGAUAAAUUACAGAUGAGUCCUUUAGUCUGAAAGACGUCAUACCCGAGUGGCUGCAGACCUCGGGGAGGUGUAGUUAGCUAAAGCCAGCAGAGCAUGUCGGCGCAGAGCGAGCGAAACCCCCCGUUCACAUACGGCUGUGCACUGCUUACCAGCCCGCCGUCCACGAAAACAACUCGGCUAACCUCUGGAGUACGGCGUUCACACACACACACACAUACACACGCUGGCACACACACAAAAAUCACCUGAGGCCUCGGCUGUGCUGCAUGCAUAUCAGUAAUGAUACACAUGAAAUUCACCACAAAGCAGAACAACAACUGCAAAGUUUUAGGGGCAUGAAAAGUCAGCAUCUGCUCAGCUUCUGUUUGUUUUAGCCGACUGACUGAUACACGAAAACGUUAGCCAAAGCUGAAGAGUAACACAGAUGAUAUUGAUGUUUAAAUAAGUUAGUUUGAGGAAGUUUAGCCCGAUUGCUGCUUCUCAAAGCCGAGACAUGAGGUACAAUUGAUCCAGUUAAACUCUGGGGAGGCAGAUGGCGUAUAAAUACCAAACUUGACUUUUCCAGACUCUACGUUGGAGCCUGAAGGCCUCACGGUUUUCGUCUGUAGGUGUAAUUUUGCACGAGAAAGUUGAAAUUGUUACUCUGUGAAGUUUGAGCAGUAAACGUCGGGUUUGUCUGUGAGUAACGGCAGCAACAGUUAGCCUCCGCGCCGCUGCGGUGAUUUACAGCUGGUCCCAUAUGGGUUUGUAAGAUACUUUGUAGCACGGGCACACAAUGGGCACAAAUAAUUACUGGCGCCAUAUUGCACACGCGGCUCCCCUGCUCCUGCACAGAUGAACAAUUAAUACAGCAGAUUGAGGAGAAAUGCCAAUAAAGAGAACACGCCCCGGGGCAGGGUGCAGAAUCAGGGGGGAGGAAAAGAGGGGGGAGAGUGCUGGAACGAGGAAGAGCGGAGUUUUGGGAAGAGUUUGUGAUGAUUUGUAGCAGCCUGACCUUAAUUUGAGUCGCAGCUAAAACAGGUUUCACUUUGUACCCCGCGAUAGAAAAUGUCGUAAAAUCAAAGAGGCCCAUUCGGAAACGGAUUUAGUCACACAAAGCUCUCCUAAUUCGAAGUCUCCUUCAGUUUGGGCGAAUGCGUUCCACUUUUUCUGGGUCACGAAGAACACGACCUUCACAGCCCAUCGUAUUCAUUAAUUCUUUUGCCGUCAGUUUUAACUAGAUGGCGGCUAACGACACAUAUUUAAGACAAUCUCAGAGGCUCUUAUUUUUAAUUUUCAUGUUUUUUCUUCUUUUAAGUCUUUACAACAACAGAAAUGUUUGAAUAACGUAGAGCUGGUACGAUAUGUUUUUCUCCCGAUUCGAUUCUUCUACGAUUUUUUGGAUGCCGAUUUGAUUUAAAUUGCGAUUCUACGAUAUUGUCGAUUUUCUCGAUUCUUUUUCUAAAAUUUCACAUACUGUGUGUCUACUUCUGACCAAUGAGAUUGCAUGUUGUCGCGACGUCUGAUUCACCGGUAUAUCCAACAUGGCCGACCGGCUGAUUGUUUACGUGUCGGAAAACAGAGUACUUUUUGAUAAAAAUCACAAAUAUUACAAAGAUAUCGACAACUUGUGGAGAGUCAUAGCGUCGGAUUUCUCAUAUGACGAUGGUUUGUGUGCGUUAACAGUUUGCUAAACGUCUUUGUUUUAACUUUCAUCUGUGCUAAGUAACUUAAAGUCUCCUUCCACCCGGGACGCGUCUUUUUUCCCCCCCGGAAAGUCGCAAAAUUGCAUCGCGCUUGAUGUGUAUAGUCAGGUGCACCAAAAUUCGCCUCAGAAUAUUUCGUAAUUUCGCGUCAUAUAUUUGUGUCAUUCCGGUUUUUAAGAUUUAUUCUUAAAUUUGAAAAAAAAAAAAAUUUAACUUAAAAAUCUAUUUAGAAAUUGUAAAACAGAAAUUGUAAACUCAUGUGAAUCUAUUUCUUCUCGCACCCCUAGAGUAAUGCCAAAUAACCCUUGCUGAGCGCCGUAAGGUGUUGACGACAGGUGAAUCUUUUGUUUCGAGGCGCUCCGGUCGUCUUGUUUGGCUGAGAGCGAGGAGUCACAGCGGGGAGUGAAGGGUUAAACAUAUGAAGAAAAAACUCGUUUUGUUUGCAUAUGAAGCAGGGUGUGAGUUCAGGUGGCUGGUUAACAAGGUGCCUGGUUCCCUCUGAGGUGACAUGGGAAGAGAGAUAUUUUGAUGCCAAGUCCAUAUCGCUGUUACAUUGUAACCACUGAGACAGGUGUGCGGUGGGUGGGGGUGACGCCACUGGGGCAUUCGCAGACUCACACACAAAUACACUAACAUAUUCAUCCUGAGAUUCACGCCUCACAAACACACUCUCUCUUUCUCACGUGUGCGUGCGUGUGUGUGUGCGUCGUUAGCGCACACACUAAAGCCUUCUCCACAGGGAGCGUAACUAUCCUCAUUGCCCUCGUGGCAAACGCAGCGCUAACACACACAAGUCACAGAAAUAAGCAGGUCGUCAGAGUGAAAAACUGAAAAGAGAGGCCAGGUGAGGAUUACGACCUGCCUGCUGUUGUAUGAAUCAUAUUUGCCUUUUUAAAAAAAACACAAUUUUUCACUUUUCUUCUUGCAUUUUUAAUCAAAAAACUGCAGCAUUUCUUCAAGAAAUUAGGCCCAAAAGUUGUUUUGAAAUCCCCUAAAAAUCCUCUUGCUUUAAAGGGAUUUUUUAGAAACGGGGGAACAGUGGCGAAAAAGAGAAAAUUAGUGUUUUGGAGGAAGAGCAGGGAGAAGAGGCUGCGAGCGUAAAAGAUGUAAUUUAAAAAAGAGAAGAUGAGGGGGGAGGAAGGGGCAAGAAAAACGACUUUAGAAGUUUUUAAUGAGCCCUGGCGCGACUCCAGGGCACGGGGUGAGGAGGAGGGGGAGGGAGAGAGGGAGGAAGGGAGUUAGGGGAGGGAUGAAGAGGGAGGGGGAGGGCGCAAGGGAGGGAGCAACAGGGGUGCUGACUCCCAGCAGAUGUCACACUGCUAGUGACACCCUGUAACACACACACACAUAUACAGUAUGUACCUUCUCUGUCCUGUUACGCUAUUUCACCUUUCCUCUCCCUCUCUCCUCACCUCCCUCUGUCUUCUCCUCGUUUAAUGCGUCACUUAUAAUUAAAAACUAAAUAAAUAAUUUAGCUGCAAACCAUAUUGAUCUAAAAAUGAGUGCUAAAUUAUUACAGACCUCAAGAACUUGUUGAUUUAACGACAUGAGAGACCUCUGGUGACACCGUCAGGUCCAAACAUAUGCUGAUUGUCACCUCUAAUUGGAGAGAUAUGGUAUGGAAAUGCAUAAAUCAUGCACUGUGAAGGUUGACAACACACAGAGUGUACUCAAUUUUACCCAUCCACCCUCUGUGAUGUAUGGGAUGUGUAGAUUUUUUUGUGGAUUUGGAUUUAGCCAAGCAGCGGAAGUCUUGUUUUACAGAUGUGACAUCGAAUUUUCAACGUAAAUGAUCGAUUUAAUGCUGCGUUCGAGCUACCUCAGUCCGAGCCUGAAACAAGAUGGCUACAUCUACGAAAGUUAUUAAAUGACUUUCGUAGAUGUAACCAUCUUGUUUCAGUCCUCCGAUUUUGCCUGAAACACGAUGGCUACAUAGCUUCCGUAGAUGUAGCCAUUUUGUUUCCGCCUCCAAGUUUGCUUUUUUCCGACUUGGUAACUGAAACGCUGGGAACUCGGGUGUGACGUCAUUUUCAGCUCCGACAUCUUCUGAGGUAACUUUAACGCACCAUAAUUGUUGAGAGUCAGCAGGAUAAGAUCAUCUGUCAAAAGUACUAUGUAUAGUACACAAUAUUGGCCACAGGGGGCGCCAAAGUUGACACAAACUUAAAAGUUCAUUACAGGAGCUUUAAACUCAUUUCCUGAGAGUUUCUAAAAGAGCUUACGAAGUUUUAAAAUCAUGUCUGAUGGAGUAAAGUCUGCUCUGUUGUGUUAAUAAAUCCCUGUGAUGUUCAUGAUUGUGUUUCUUCUACACCUCUGUAAACAAACCCACACGGCUUCAGUAAACACAAUUAAAAUGCUCUCUGCCGCACACCUCACUCAUGCGUUGACCUUUUCCGAUGAAUUAUUUACAGACUAAAACUUUAUAAUCCCCCUUAUAGAUCUAAAUGUUAAUCUUCCCCCCGCACUCACUCUCUCUUCUUCUCUGCAGACUCCUUAUCAUGUGAACCUGUUGCUGGCGGGCUACGAUGACACAGACGGCCCUGGUCUCUAUUACAUGGACUACCUGUCUUCCCUGGCCAAGGCCCCCUUUGCUGCCCACGGCUACGGAGCCUUCCUCACUCUGUCCAUCCUCGACCGGCACUACAGACCAGGUGAGCUCAGGGAAAUGCUUCAUACGUGUGUUUUCUUAUUAUUAUUGUUGAGCGGCUGAGAGUGUGAAACAAAGAAAUGUAUUCCUUCCUGCUCUUGGUGAAUAAAAAAACCAAAUGAUGAGAGUGUGGAUCUAUUUUUUUGGGUUUGAUUUUUAGGAGUUUGUAGAGAAAUUAUCCAAACAAAGAAGUUAAUUUAUUUCUUCAUUUUUUUCUGCUGUAGAUCUGACCCGAGAAGAGGCUAUUGAUCUGCUGAAGAAGUGCAUCGAGGAAGUAAGUUGGUUAAGUAUUUUAUCCCGAAUUCAUAAAUAUGAGUAACAAAUAACUGAUUUGAUUUCUUAUUUUGUUAUCCGGUCUUUUUAGAUUUUGGCGUAGCUUUAAAGGUCCUUACACACCGGGACCGACGCAUAUAUACGACGCAAAAAUUACGAAAUACUCGAAGGCGAAUUUUGACGCGCCUGACUAUACACAUCAAGCGUGAUGUGACUUUCCGGGGGGGAAAAGACGCAUCCCGGGGAAGACUUUUCCUCCUUCGCCUCUGAUUGGCUAGAGAAGCUGGAAACGUCAUCACACACUCAAGCCAAAUGGUCAGCACAUAUAGCCAAUCAGAGGCGAUAAGAUAAGCACAUGAAACUAUGGUAACAAUCGUUAGCUUAAGUUAGCACAGAUGAAAGCGUUUAGCAAACUGUUAAAGCACACAAACUAUCGCCAUAUGAGAAAUCCGACGCUAUGACUCUCCACAAGUUGUCCUUCAUGUCGUUAUCUUUGUCAUAUUUGUGUCUUUUAUCAAAAAUCACUCUGUUCCCCAAAACAAACAAUCAGCCGGUCGGCCAUGUUGGAUAUACCGGUGAAUCAGACGUCGCAACAACAUGCAAUCUCAUUGGUCAGAAGUGGACACACAGUAUGCGAAACUUUAGAAAAUUCGACUGUGAUCUGAAAAAAUAAAAGCCGCGAUAUCGCAGGACAGGAAAACAUUGCUGUUGUGAACACUUGUAUUGACAGGAUACUGGUUCGAAAAAAAAAAUUGACGUCCGAAAUAAUCGCACAAUAAAAACUCUCCCGGUGUGAAAGAACCUUAAGAAUGGCAUCUUUUGUUUCCGUUGGACAUAAAAUGAUGAAUUGGAUUAAAUCCUUUAUCAGAAUUUCAUGCCAAAGAAUCCUUUUAAAUAAACCAAAUAAGUCAAAUUUUACUUCUUUAGGUUUAUUUUAAACCACUACCAAAAUUGCUGGACUUGAUAAACUUUUACUGUACACUAUUAGUUUAUCAUUUACUGUUUUGGUUCUUGUCCAGUCUGCUCCCUCUUGAAUAGAACUCAAACUUUUAAUCAAAUUAGACACAUUUUAUUACAUUAUUUGAUCACAAAAACUUUAAUGUGCAUUUAGUGGAGGUGUAAUGAGAUCUUGCUGUCCAACAACACAGGAGCAGUUUCUUAAAUCAAGGAAAGGACGAAUAAAGAGGAUGUUAUAGCACACAGAAUAUAAACAUCAUACCUCUGGCACGGGGACUCAGACUAUACUAAUAUGUAGCGGUCGUUUCCCAAAAUCAAAUCAAAUACAGGUGUGAAAAAUGAAGUUAAACGUGUACCUCUUAAGUGACACACAGCAAGAAGGAAAACAACUGUUGUUGAUAAAAGUUUAGAGCACAAAUGUCAGGAGUUUGUUAACUAUACUCAUCUGUGUAGGUCUCGAUCGAACAAGUGCAGUGACAGUAGACAUUCUUCGAGUUUGAAACCCUCCUCGUCUAAGUGCUCGUCCACCAGCACAGGGGUCUCCUGAAGUGGCAUUUCGAUCUACUGUGUAUUGAGUGUCCCCAGCAAGUGGCAAAAUUGACAAAAAAGUUGACUUUUGAACUUUGGAAAGUGACACUUAGAAAGGUUUCCUCAGUUCAGUCCUCAACCGCUCUGACCUCAGAGAGAAGCAGAGAAAGACCGCUUCCAGCCUUCAGUGGACGGAGCGACAGAAGAAAGUCACCGAGACAAAAGUUUUCCCGGGUAGAAAUCAGCAUUGUUUUAUUGAUUUAUUGAAGUAAUAGGACUCAGCCCACAGUGGAACCAGAAAGCUCAGACGCACACUGAAAAUAUCUGCUUUUAGAAACUGGAAAUAGUGACAUAAAAGGACGGGGACAUUUUGGUGAUUUUUAGCAGCUGGAGAAUAAGACUUUUUAUAAAAAUCUCCAUUUCUAUGUUGUUUUGGAAUAAAAAUACAGACAAAAACCUCUUAAAUAAAUACAAGUUUUGCCGUCUUAAGUCUCUACGGUCAGUUUUUUGCUUUUUAUCUUUUUGAGUCUGUAUUUCUCUUUUUCAUUAAUCCUAAUACCUCUCCUCCUCCUCCGUCUCGUCUCUUCCUCCUGCAGCUGAACAAACGCUUCAUCCUCAACCUCCCCUCCUUCAACGUCCGUUUGAUUGACAAGGAGGGCAUCCAUGACCUGGAGAAGCUCACCUCUGGCGCUAAGUGACCGCUCACUGCUUGACUACCAACCCCUUCACGCCCUCGGUUCUUCUUCUUCUUUUUUUUUUUUUUUGUACUGUUGACCUCCUUGCUCUUUCUGUUCCAAUAAAAAGUGACACACAGUUGAGAUACGAGCUCUUUGUCCCUGUGGUGCUU